AUGAGAGUGAGCUUUGUGGGAAUAGUCGAGGAUUUAGAUGGUGGGUUGUGUUUAAAGGAUGAGUUGGGAGUUGAGGAGUGGGAAGGAAAGAAGAGGGGGAGAAGGAAGAAGAGGAGGAGGGAGGAGUCAACGGUUCCUGGUACAUACUACACCCCAAGUUCUCAAACCAAGGCAAAAACUUUUGAAGUAAGACUCGAUGGGAUGUGA